AUGGAGCCAGUACUAGGAGUAAAAAUUGGCUGCCUUUUUGCCCUGCUGGCUCUCGCCCUGAUCUGUGGCCUUAUUCCCAUCCGCUUCAAAUGGUUCCAGAUUGAGGCAGACAGAGGUCGUCACCGCCGGGUCCUCAGCCUCCUGGGCUGCAUUUCUGCUGGUGUUUUCCUGGGAGCAGGGUUCAUGCACAUGACUGCUGAAGCCCUGGAGGGAAUUGAAUCAGAGAUCCAGAAGUUCCUGAUGCAGAAUGGGACAGAGAGUGAGGGAAAUUCUUCUGGUGAUGCUAAUCCAGCUUUUGUAAACUAUCCCUACGGAGAGCUCGUCAUCUCCCUGGGCUUCCUCUUGGUCUUCCUUGUGGAGUCGCUGGCACUGCAGUGCUGUCCUGGAGCCAAUGGAGGAGCAAAAGUGCAGGAGGAGGAAGUGGGUGGCGCUCGUGUCCUUGGACUCCACAGCCAUGGACCUCUACCCUCAACCUCACAGCGGCCCUUUCGAGCCCUCAUCUUCUUGCUCUCACUCUCCUUCCACUCGGUGUUUGAAGGUCUGGCUGUGGGGCUGCAGACAACAGUAGUAGCUACGGUGCAGCUCUGUCUUGCUAUCCUGGCUCAUAAGGGGCUCGUGGUGUUUGGCGUCGGACUGCGGCUGGUGCAGACAGGCACUGCAUCACGAUGGGCUGUGUUCUGCAUACUGUCAUUUGCUCUCAUGUCCCCCCUGGGCGUAGCCCUAGGGCUGGCUGUGGCUGAAGGAAACUCUGGAGAGGGCCGAGGCUUGGCCCAGGCUAUAUUAGAAGGUAUGUCAGCUGGCAGCUUCCUGUAUGUCACCUUCCUAGAAAUUCUGCCCAGGGAGCUAGCUGGUCCUGAGGCCCCACUGGUCAAGUGGGGCUGUGUAACCGCUGGUUUUGCCUUCAUGGCCUUAAUUGCCUUGUGGGCCUGA